UAAAAAAUGGAAAAAGAAUUGUUUAUUGUUUUCUUCUUCUUCCGCCCGUCCAUUGAUUCGGUCCAUCUUCCUGUUUACUUUCAAUUGCCUUUUUUUAUUCUUCAUUUACAUUGACCAUUUUGCCCUUCACCUGUCCAAUUAGAUUCCCAUUGCACUUUUCUCCAAUUUGUUUAUUUUUAUCCGCAAAGAAAAUCAACUACUUCAAUUUUUUAGUACAGUAAAGAAAUCGGAAGUAAUUUUUUAGUUAUGUUGGGUACAGGAUUGGAAUUCAGGAGAGUUCCUGGAGAAAAUCGGUUCUACAAUACGGCCAAGACGAGAAGAGCGAACCAGAAUCAGCAAAGCGAUCAACUAUGGAAGGCUCAAGGCGAUGUUACGGCGAGUCAAUCAAAGGAUAAAGCCGUGGUCGCUCAUGUGAACCGUGAGUCAGAGAAGUGGGAUGGUUCAACUGAACACACUAAUCCGGUUUUAAUUCCCGCUUCAGAACCGAUUGUUUCUCCUUUUAAGUAAUUUGGAGCGCUUUUUGGACUCGGUCAUGCCUUCCGUGCCUAUUCUUUAUCUCUCUAAGACAAAUAUGAAAGGGUGGCGGACGUGUGAUAUGGAAUUUCAGCCAUAUUUCGUGUUAGGUGAUUUAUGGGAGUCAUUCAAAGAGUGGAGUGCAUAUGGAGCAGGUGUCCCAUUAAUUCUGAAUGACUGUGAUUCUGUCGUUCAGUAUUAUGUACCUUAUUUAUCCGGUAUUCAAAUAUAUGCCGAUUCCCUGAAGUUGUCUGCCAAGUCAAGGCAACCAGGUGAGGACAGUGAUAGUGACUUUAGGGACUCAAGCAGUGAUGGUAGUAGUGAUUGUGAACCUGAAAGGGGAGCAAAUGUUUUGAGAGACAAAAGAAAUCACUGCAUGGCAAGUGAGAUGUCUCUUAGGAUGGAUAGAUUGUCCAUGGGAGAUCAGCAGAUACUUCUAGAAGACUUAUCUAGUGAUGAGGGUGAAUCUGUUAAUUCUCGAAGUUGUCUGAUUUUUGAGUAUUUUAAGCAAGACCCUCCUUACAGCCGAGAGCCUUUAGCCAAUAAGAUUGCAGAUCUGGCCUUCCGGUUCCCUGAACUGAAGACACUAAAAAGCUGUGAUUCACUAUCUUCCAGCUGGGUUUCUGUGGCAUGGUAUCCAAUUUACAGAAUACCUACUGGACCUACGUUAAAAGAUCUAGAUGCUUGCUUUCUGACUUACCAUUAUCUUCAUAGACCCAUAGGAGGUGGACAAAGUGCUCAGGCACCGAAUCUGACAUGUCCCAAUGACAUGGAUGGUGUUCCAAAGAUGUCAUUACUUGUUUUUGGUCUUGCGUCAUACAAGUUCAAGGGUUCCUUGUGGACGCCUAAUGGAGCAAGCAAUAGUCACUUGGCGAACUAGCUCUUUCAGGCUGCUGACAAUUUGUUGAGACUUCUUCAGGUCAAUCAGCCAGAUUUCACAUUUUUCUGCUGCAGGUGAUAUUCAUAUAUCUCUUUGAUGGUGGUAGUCCUAUCAUUCCUGAAUGGAAGUGCAAUUAUUACUUGUCAAAUAUCACCUCAGUUUUGGAGGUCAACUUCAAAAGUUUAGUUUGGGGUGAUUAUCUACUGUAAUAAUUUAUAAAAGAACUGGGAAAGGAAUGUCUGACAUGGCAUGCUUCGGGAUGAAAGUGAAGAAGUGAAGCUUUUGCAGUAAGGCUUUAGAGGAAGUGAAUGGAUAAAAGUUUGACUUAGAAGCUGAUGGAGAGCUGAGCUCGAGCCAUUGUGAAGGUGGUUUUCCCUUGCUAUCAGCAUGUAUGUUGUUUUCAUCAUUCUUGAUUUUUUUUUUCUAUGUUUUUAUUUAAGAUUAUGGAUAAGUAAAGAAAAACAGGCCUUUUUUCUGUCCUGAUGAUCAAAAUGUAGGAUUUGAUGUUUUACUUGACAUUAUAAAGGGGAUUUUGUUAUGGUGGUUUGUAUAACUGCCGGCUUUGAGCAAUCCGGGAUAUGUGUCGUAAUGCUAAUGUGUAUUAAUUUAAUCCGUAAAAGCGGUGUGGUGUUAAAAAGAGAAUGGAUGAUAUUAAUGAAAGGAUAUGAGUAGUAGGCAAUUGGCGUUUUUGGUUGUUUGGCUAUAUUCUAUGCUGUGAAUAGCUUUUGUUCUAUGUUUUGUUUCACUACUACUGGUAAUGCAAAUGUCAUCUUUAGUGAUGAUGUAGGAUCUAUUUGUCUUUACGACCGGAUGGAUUGUUUUUCU